AUGAGGAGUGGAGUGGUGAACGACGGUGACAGCCGUAAACCAGCGGCAACGGGAUUGAGUGAUGAAAUUGUGGUCAGUGAACAUGUUACUUAUGAAAAACUGAUUUCUAUAAUUACGGGAGAACUGGAAAUCGACGAAACAAAGAAAAAAAUUGAAGCUUGUUACAUUGUUGAAGGAAAUGGUUGUCUGUUGUUCAUUCGUAACGAAAUGAGUGUGAAGCUUGAAAUGCUUUUUGAUGGAAAAGUUGGUGUUGUAAUGUGUUUGGAAAGUCCAUCUGAAAAAGUUGAAGAAAUAAUUUGUUAUAAAUCUAAUUCUACUUCUCCUAUGCCUUUGUUGGAUAGCAAAGGGAACAAGAUCAUUACUGAUUGCAAGCAUAGUGAUGUUAAGGUUGGACAAAUAUACAAGGACAAGUGUACUCUUAUUUCGGUUAUGGCGCUAUUUGCAAUUGAGCAUUCCUUUAAUUACUAUGCCAAAAGAUCAGACAAGAAAAGCUAUGUCCUACAAUAUCGUUCGGAGAAUUGUGUUUGGAUCUUUAAAGCAUCAUGUCGUCGGGGUACAGAACUAUUUAAAGUUAGAUUUUUCCAAGAUGUUCACACAUGCCCGUUGAAAGAUCGUAGUUUUACUCAACUUCAAGCUACAGUUGGGUUUGUUAGUGGUUUUGCUGCACCAAAACUUGUCAACUAUAAGAGAAUACACACCAUGAAUGAUAUAAUCGAAGAUAUUAAAAAUGCUUUUGGUGUAGACAUUAACUAUCAGAAGGCUUGGAGGGCUAAAGAACGUGCGAUUGAGAUUUUAAGGGGGAAACCUGCAGAUGCUUAUCGACAAAUGACUCGAUAUGUAUACAUGUUAAAUUCCGUAUAUCCAGGUUCACAUAUUAGAAUGCAUAAAUCCGAGGAUAAUAAAUUUAUGUAUUUGUCCGUUGCAUUGCAACCUUUGAAGAGUGAAUUCGAGUAUUACAGGCCUGUUGUUGUGGUUGAUGGUGCACAUUUGAGUGGAGCAUAUAAAGGUACAUUUGUUUCUGCAAGUAUUUUUGAUGGAGCAGGACGCAUUCUGCCUAUUGCGUAUGGUGUUGUUGAUAGUGAAAACGAUAAUUUGUGGACUUGGUUUUUUGAGAACUUCAGAAUUGCUUUUGAAGAACGUGAUAGUAUGUGUGUUGUAUCCGACCGUCAUGAAAGCAUAAUAAAGGUUGUGAGUGUUGUAUAUCCGAAUGUGCCGCACCUCGCAUGCAUUUGGCACUUGUGGAAGAAUGUUUGUACAAACUUCAGGAAGAGUAAAGAUAGACUUAGCGAUAUUUACUAUGCUAUGGUCAAGGCUUACCGCAAAGAUGAGUUUGAUUUUUUUUGGAAUCAAGUUGGGAAGAUUGAUAAGAGGGUAAAGUCUUAUCUUGAGGAUGCUGGAUUUGCAAAGUGGGCACGCGUGUAUGCACCUGUUAAUCGUGGUAGAAUGAUGACUUCAAAUAUAGUGGAGUGCAUAAAUGGUAAAUUGAAGCUAGCACGUGAGUUGUCGAUAAUAGAAUUUUUGGAGCAGGCUAGAAAAUUGUUCGGAAAGUGGAAUUGA